GUAAUAAUCUUCUUAUUCAAUCUAUCUUAACAAAUAACGAGAUAUCGAUUUACAAGAAGAACCACAAACACACUCUUAACAUGGCUUUGGCUUCUGCAACAGCCACAGUCUCUUCCUUUGCCGCCUUGAGACUUUCACCACCAUCUACUUCUACUCGUGUCUCUUUCAGUUCAGUUAAAUCACCUUUCUCAAACAAUGUCAAUUCCCUCAAACUCAAUUGGUCUUGUAGCAUUUCCGCUCCAAUUCUUAACCAAAAUCAUUCCAUUGUUACCACUUCUCCUCGCUCUCUCACUAUCGUAUCUGCUAAAGGCUACAAAAUGAAAACACACAAGGCAUCAGCAAAGCGAUUUAGGGUCACUGGUGCCGGAAAAAUUGUGCGUAGGAGAGCCGGAAAGCAGCAUUUACUCUACAAAAAGAAUAAGAAGAGGAAAUUGAGACUCUCUAAAAUGAUUCAAGUCAACAGAAGUGACUAUGACAAUGUAAUUGGAGCUUUGCCGUAUCUGAAAGUAAACAGAAAAGCUACGUAAAUGUUGUGUUUGCAAAUCUGAAUUAUGAAUCUAGCAUGGUCCUGUCUAAGGAUUUGUGAAGUCUCCAAUAUGCUUUUACAUCAUUUGAAAGUUGUUUUAUUUUACAAAUGAAUUGAGGUAGUUUUUGCCACUUGAAAUAUCAGUGACUCGUGAAAAUGUUGUCCUUCUUGUAUCAUGUAAUAACAAUUAUAUUUACUUCAUUUCCAUUUCUACUAUUCACAUUUACCAUCUUCCUGUUUAGGCAUUA